AAUUUCUGUUACAAAUCAAUCUGUGAAAAAUUGUCAAGUGCAAUAGUCGAUAGUUCAGUGAAGUAACGUUAACAUUAUUCAAAUAACAACCAAGUCAUGGCAUUAUUAUCAUCAAUAAGAACAGCAUUCCAAGACAGUCUCGACGAAUAUCUCUUGGAGGCAGUAGAGACAAACGAUUUGACAAAAAUCCACCAAAUUGUCAUGGACCAAAUACCCGACGUUCCGCCAAAUGCAAUGAACUCUGCAAGACUAAUGUAUUUGGCUCUGGAAAACAAAAAGUUCGACUUAGCUGAAAAAAUAUAUAGGACUUUUGUGGGCUGUGCAAUAGAUGAUUAUGUGGACUACAACGAUGAAGAAGAGUUUGUGGGGUGGACUGCGUUACAUUUUGCUGUGGUGAACAAGAACUACAAGGCAGUCAAGUUCUUAUUAAAAAGAGGAGCCGACGUUAACUGUGAAAAUGAAGAAGAAGAUCAACCAAUCAAUCUGGCUGUUGAUAACAAAGACAUUAAGAUGACAAGAUUGCUUUUAAGUUACGGAGCUGACGAGAGGCAUUGCCAGGACUGGCUAGUUACACCAGACAAUAAAAGAAAACAAUCACGUCGUCGUAAUAAAAAAAAAAUAGUUUUGGUGGAUGGUCCGGAAAAUGGUUAUAUUUUGACAAUUUCAAAUAGAGAGGAGUGAGUCAAGGAUUGGGACAUUCAAAAAUAUCUCCAAUUCCUGUUUCAAAGAUUUUUUAAUCGUGGUUUCAUACAUCAACGUUUUCAAUUUUAAUUCAUACGACUCAUUUUCAUUAUUAUUAACAUAAAAAAUUUUUUAUAAAAAUCAUUUCAUUAACAUAAACCAUAUAAAGCCAUAACACCAAAACCUAUUUCAUUUCAGUGAUAUCAUCGAAUCUCCCGAAUCGAAUAUCGAAUGUUCUGAAGUGUAUACCGAUUUUUCCGAAUGGAAUAUCAUUAAUACCCCGAUUCAUCAUCUCAUCACAUAACCAAAAAUACGAAUUAAAGAAAUUAAAUAUAAGUCAUCAAAAACAUUUUUUUUAAGCUUUUUUUAAAUUGUGAAUUUAUGUGUCAAUGCUUUUAAACUUAAUUUAUAUGAAACAUUGUAACUAUGAUAGGGGAAAGCCGAGCAAAAGGGGUUACUUAAAGAAAUUUUAAAUUUUCGAGGACUAAAAUACGCGAAAUCUUUUUUUUUAUGAUUGUCAAAGUAAACAGAAAAAAAUUUUAGUUACCUUUUAAAAAAAUAAUUAUUUUCGCGGGCAAAAUGAGGUACCCUCUAAAAAGGUAAAAAAAAAAUUCUGAAUUUUAAAUUAAUUUAAUUAAAUUCUUUGUGAGUAAUUGACUCAAAGAAAAAUUAUAUUUUACAUGAUUAUUUGAUACAAAAAAUUUUAAUGGUUUUCAUCAUAAAAAAAAAUCAUUUUUCGACUGACCCCGUUUUGCUCGGCCCUCCUCUCCAUAAAAAAAUUUUUUUGUAAAUUAGUUAUAAGUAUUUUCAACUAAAUUAAAUAUACAAAAAAAAUUUGUAAUUGUAAUAAUCUGACAUUAACUUUUUUUUAAAA